AUGAGCCGUGUGCAGGGCUCCGGGCCCCUCCCCAGGGUGGACCGAGGGCCGGAGGGGACGGUGCGUGUCCUUGUGUUUUUGCAGAGCCUGAAGCCUCUGCUGGGCCUCAGGGUAGAGUUACGCCUGGAAGGGCCCUCUGGGACAGACCCCACACCAGCCAGCAGUAUUUCUGGGCCCUGCCUGGAGAAGCCUGGACCCACGGAUCCUUCUGCAGCCUCCUCUUCUCCAGCUCCGGGCCUCCUUAGUUCCCCCAAACUCCCUGCUGUGGCCCCACUUGACUGCAGUGACCUGGCCGGGGAUCUCAUCUGA